GGAGGGGGUGGGGAGGCAAAAACAAGCCACAUGCAUAAGGAGAGAGCCAGAAGCACAUCAGAGACAGAAGGCGAGAGCGUGUGCGUGUGUGUGUGUGUGUGUGAGAGUGCAUGUAUGUGUGAAAACACUGCGCAUGUGUGACUGUGAGGCGCACUGACUGAGGCAGACAGAGGAGGAGAGAGAGGACUAUUGAACGGCAGCUGAGUCGAGAGGAGAGGGAAAGAAGGAGGAGAGGUGGAGAGCAGAAGACAGAGACAAACAGAAAAUAAAUACAGAAAGAAACAGCACAGAUUCUCAGGGCACUGCACAAAAUAAGCAGAAUAGUUUGAGAGGCUCAGGAGGAGAGAGAGAGAGAGAGAGAGAGAAAGAGAGAGAGAGUGAGAGAGAACAGAGGGAUGGAGAAGGAGAUACCAGAAGAUCAGCCACAGCUCGUCAGAGAAAGAGCAAGGGCGGGAGAGUGAAGGACGAAGGUACCAGAGAGGAGAGGAGCAGAUGUGGAGCUCGACGGGAGCAGCCUGAGACAUGACGCAUCCACCUUGCAACGGCUUCCUCCAUCUUACGUCCCCUCCAUCUUCUCCUCCCGGCGCUGCUGCUCGCUGUUCACCCUGCUACAGCCAAAUGGACAGGAGAGCGCAUCCUCCCACUGGUGAGACAUCGCCAGAACAAAGGGACUGAGCGGCUCGGCUCUGCCAUCACGGAGCAGCAGCAUCAACAGCAUCAACAGCAUCGACGUCGGCAAGAACUGCGACGGGGAGCGAGGGGGACUGGAGAAAGGACUGGAACAAGACGAGUGCGUGAGCAGACAGGUUGAUGGACCAAAGUAAUCAGUUUAAGAGUCUGACUCACUGAAAAAAAAGGGAGACAAGCACAGAGGCAUCGUUCAGACUGUCACCACUUCUGCUGCUCGACUGGGAGGACUGUUUGAAAAUCAGUACGAAAAGGGAAAACAACCAAAAACUUCACUCCCACCUUUGAGGAAUUCAGGAGUUUUUGGAGCCUGAAGAAUUCCUUCUAACAGCUUUCUGCAGCAUUAUAGGAAACCUCCCAAAAAGACCUACUCCUCCUUCCUCCUUCUUAUCAACAAGCCACUGAGAGGGGUCACACAGGGUCACCCGACCAAAUUGGACCAAGGGGUUAUUCUUUCUUUCGUCCUAAAACAUUUCGAGUAACACGUGAGGCUCGACCGCAGCCAGACACAGGGAGUUAAGCGGCCGUUUAAUUGAGAGACACUUUUAAAGCCAAGAUUGAGAAGGCAAGAGGUUCCCUUGGCAGGGCACAGGGUAUUCAGUAGUUCAAGACAAUACCUCUUGGACCUUUUCUGAACUGCGUGUGCUCAAUCCCUCCCUCCCCCACGCUGUGAAUGCAGGAAACCCACCAACCUGUACUGUAUGUAUAUAUGUGAGCAUCCGUGUGCAUAUAGAAGUAUUUAUUGAUGUUCACUGAGUGAGAACAUUGUGCUAAAGUAGUAACUGUCUUUGCGUGUGAAUAUAUGUUUCUGUAACUAGACAUCAGAGACAGCACAGGAACACCAGUGAUUUAAAAACAACAAAAACUAUCUUUCAGUUGUCGACACCGGUUCGAUUCUGUAAGGUGGACUGUUAAAUCAUCUGCAUAUCGGCUGUGACAGAAUUAGAGCUGCAGAUCAAGGUGCUCUGGCUCAGCUCCUCCAUCUGACUUCCCCUCAUAAAGACUCAGGCUGACAGUAGAGCACACCAAGGGGGAUCCCUGAGGGAAACAUGGAGGCAACCAUCCGUCCCCAUGUCCCCUCAAAUGGCUGACUUCAGAGACGGAGCCCAGUCCCUUUACCCUUGCGCAGAGCCAGGCAGGAGCGUCCAGCGGCGAUAAGAGCCACAGUCUCCUCUCUCUUCCACCUCCAGGAAAAACGUGCGAAUGUCCUGCAUCAGGCGACAGACCGUCACCAUCCCCAUGGACACCGUCAAGAUCAUCCAGUCGGAGAAGUUCCCCAGAGAGUGCCCCGUACCCGUCACCCAGCCACGCUAUGCCCCGCCUCCCAGAGUGGCAUGGGACGGCGGAGGUGAGGGCGAAAUAAUUGUCAACCAGGCCUGCAGCGACCUGACCCUGGAAAUAACAGGGUCUCCCCGAUCGAUGGUGUCGCCCUCGGUGCCCGUGACGCGCAGGGAGCAGAGCUUCCUUGCGCAGCGCAAAACCAGUGCCAACGAAAUCUGCUACCACCAGUUCCAGUACAAGAUGGAUGAUGUCAUAGUCAACCAGUACGUGCUGCGCUCGUCCUCCACCUCGUCCUCCACCUCCUCUUCCUCCACCUCCUCGGGGCCCGUCAUGCCCUGCGAGCCCCUGGACUGCCCCACCUGCGGUCACACCUACAACUUCGCCGGCAAGCGUCCGCGGAUCCUUUCCUGCCUGCACUCGGUGUGUGAGGAGUGCCUGCAGAUCCUCUACGAGUCGUGUCCCAAGUACAAGUUCAUCUCCUGCCCCACGUGCCGGCGCGAGACGGUGCUGUUCACUGACUAUGGCCUGGCUGCUCUGGCCAUCAACACCAGCAUCCUGAGCCGCUUGCCCUCUGACCCCAACGGGCCCGUGCAGUGGGGCGGGGACGCCGACCGCAGCUGCUACCAGACUGUGCGCCAAUACUGCCAGUCAGCCUGCACCUGCCAGAUCGCCAACCCCUUGUCCUCCUGCGGCAUCAUGUAGACAAGGGGGGGCUCUGCAGGUGUGACUCGACGUUGGCCCCCCAACACCACUCUUCUCGUCUAUAAGCUCUACCCCUUUCUGCCAGUGUCCCCUCUCACACGCAUACCGUAAAUAAAUCCCUCCACAGAUGUUAUCUCUAUAUAUUUAAUAGCACAGAUGGAUGCUGUGUGGGACUUAUGGAUGCUGGUGGUUCAACGAAUAGUAAAUACAUGUAUUUUAUGUAUGGACUGGAAUCCUAUUCACCCCCUCUUGUUUGGUUGGACGUGUUUGUCAUUGACAUCUCUUUACAUGGGAAUGCCAGGGGAGGUCUAUCCCCCCAACCUAGGUGAAUAAAGAUAAAAUAAUGAUAAAAGUAA